UUCGAUGACACGUGUUUUGGGAUAAGUGGAAAUAUGAGCGUCGAAUCUGAUAAAACAAAGACAUCGAUUCAGGCGCCGCGUCCAUCGUCGCCGCGAAAGUUUUUCGCGCGUAUCUAUGGUCACCUGGAGGAGAAGGAGAGUGAGCCGGUGCGUGGAGGGUGUGAGAGUGGAUCGUCGUCGGAGGUCGAGGUGGAGGAGAGUGGCAGUGACAGGACUCCGCCGCUUUGGCCGCCGCCGCCGCUGCCGCUCUGUCCGCGGCCGAUGCUGCUGCCGCAUCAGCAGCUGGCUUUUGGAGCUGGUCUUGCUGCUUUUCUGGCCCGAAGACGUCGAAAGGAGAGCCGUCCACGAAGACAACGCACCACCUUCUCUGCACAUCAGACCCUGAGGCUGGAGUUGGAGUACGCGAGAGGAGAAUAUGUAGCAAGAGCUAGAAGAUGUGAACUAGCUUCGGCGCUAUCGCUAAGCGAGACGCAGGUCAAGAUCUGGUUCCAGAACAGACGAGCCAAGGAUAAGAGGAUUGAAAAGGCGCAUCUUGAUCAACAGUACAGGCAUUUGGCGGCCGCAUCUGGCUUGUUUCCGACAGUGUUGCCGCAAUCUUAUUGCCCUCCGUGUCCAUGCCUGCCGGCUCAUGCACCGACUUUAGACAAAUAAAGGCCCGUGUACACCUGACACGUAUCUAGCACGUGCAUAGCAAAAUUCUAUGGUAAUUUUCGCACGUGCACACACAUGCGUUACAAUUCCAUAUAACCGUGCUGCUAAAGUGCUCCAUAGGAAUUUAUUGUGCACGGGCCUAAGUACUCGACAAUGUUGACUCGACGACAGUGAAGUAAAGCAGGCUAAAAUCUAGUCAGACUAAUAACUGAAUACGUCAAUCGUGACUAAUAUAGUCAACCAGUCAAAUAAUCAUUUGAUAAAAUAUUUAAAAUAUUACUUAAAUCGUACUUAAAUACAGGUAACAUGAUUGAACCACUGCAACAUGUUUUAGCUCGCUUACGGUUAAAUUUAACACACUAAUCAAGAUUAAAUCAGUCAUGCAUGGUUUAUCAAUCUAUCAAUUUAUUUGUAAAACUUGACAUGGAAAAUGAUACUGGGUCGCGUCAUAUUGCGUAUAACCAUGAGUUAGUGAUCAAUAUUCUAGUCCCUACUGUCUAUUGAAAUACUUAACUACGUAUAUAAUUAGGUUCCACACGCUCCACACUAUCGCCGAGGUCAGACAGAUCACGCGAAUCCAUGAACAUUGCGUAUGGAAGCUUUUAUUUACCGCGAUGAAAUACCAACAAUGUAUACCGAAUCCGUCAAAGUUUGGAGAACUGUCCCACAAUAGUGUGGAGUCGGCAUUACAUGAGUGUCAUUAGUACCUGCUAUAACUAAACUCCUACAAAUUCCAUGUAAAAAAUCUAAAAAAGAUAACUACAGUUUCACUCCGAUACAAUCUGACAAUAAAAAGUGCUCAAAUACUAACACCACUAAUAUAAUUUAUAUCAGUGAUUUUACCAUCAAUCAAUACAGAUAAUAAUAUUAAAAUGUGUGUUCAAGAAACAGAUUUCAAAUAAACACAGACAAGUGUCUUUGUGUCUCUCUUUCUAUUAUAGCGAGGUGUCAGCACGAGAUUUGAGGAAGUCUCCCACAGACUUAUAACUUAGUCUCUUCAAAAUGCUUAUUAAUAACAUUCGGCCAAAGUUUGCAUUUUGUUCUACAUAUGUUUGUAAGAUAGAUAUUUAUCAUUACAUAGUAUAAAAGAAACUUGCUUCCCCGCGUCUAUAUCCCAAUGUACGUUUAGUUCUUUAAAGCUACGCAACGGAUUUUGAUGUGGGUUUUUUAAUUGAUAAUAUGAUUCCUGUGUAUAAUUUAUUAUGGUUUUACCAGAGCGAAGCUGGGGCGGGUCGCUAGUUAUGAAUAAUAUAAUAACAAUGAUCACAUCCUCAUCCGAUACACGCUGCUAUAUUAUUUAUAUCUAUUGUCUGGCUCUUUUUUGUUUAAGGUUUAUGUAAGCAUAAGAUAGUAAUGACAAUGCAUAUUAUUGAUGGACGGAUGAUUUUCAACCUUGUAAGUAAAAUAUGAAAUGUGUGUUCACAAUUGUAUAUACUUUAGAUAUCUAUUUAUUAACGUAUGGUAUCAAUAGCUAUGUAUCUGUAAAUUCGUGAAUCUCUUUGUCCUUAGUUCGUGUAAAAAACAUACGAUAUUUCAUAUUGUUCCUAAUAUUCUUCACUAUGUAUAAUAAUGUAAAUACGUAAUAUAGUAUUAACGUUGUGUGUCACGCGAGAUAAGAACGGUUGAAAUAAAAGAUAAACAAUGUUAUUGAAUAUGUUUUAUUCAGGCAAAGUCACUUACCAUGGCCUUUUCCACCAGCGACUCGUCCACGUGUAGAAGAGUCCAUGGAAAAUAGUAUUUAAAUAUUUAAUUUUAGGCACACCAAUAUAACAAAAAUAUUUUUAACUUCGCACUCUAUAAUGGCGAAAUAAAAUUGUAUCCCAAGAGAAUAUAACAAUAACACAUAAAAUGUAACUAAAUAAAUUACAAAUUUUACAGUCAAUGUGAAAAAAUCAAAACAUUUUCUUUAUGAUCAGUCAAAACUAUAACAAUCUAUAUAUUGUAUUUAAACGAAUAACAGUUCAUCGUUAAUAAAAAUGUAUCCUACAUAUCUAACACCGAGAUUGUUAAAAUGUCAUACACACUGCUAUUUGUUUUAUAUAUUUUCAAGUUAAUUAUUGUGAUUAAUAUAAGUCGUAACUUAAAAUUAAUAAUAAUAAAAUGACCUCUGCAUAGAUAUUCAGUAUGCAUUCUGGAAUGUCAUAGCUAGCAUUAGCUAAUCGGAUGAUUCAUUCAUUAACAUAAUGUCAAUUAAACAGUACUUAUAUUAUCGAAUAUAUCUUCUUACAGACUAGAAACGCAAAUUGCUAUCGCCACAGCUUUUACAAUAGAAUAAAACUUGUGAUUAUCGUCAUAAUAAAAUUCAUAUUUUUUU